AUGGAUGAUUGGCUAGACGACGAUGACGAUGAUGAGUUACUCGACACCCUGUUGAAUAAGCCGCCCAGGGAUUUGGGUGUCUCUAACACUCAAAGCCACCAAGAUCAAGGCGAUGCCGCGGCACAACUGCUGAAAGCCCAAGGCGAAGCUAGCAUGCUGCGCGACCGCAUUCAACUGGUUGAGAAAGAUAGAGAUCAGGAAAGAAAACAGCAACUGCUGAAAGUAGAAGAGCGAAAUCUUCAGCAUCAGCGAGAAAUCGAUUCGUUGAAAGCCGAGCUACAAAGAGCAGAGGAUGAAAAGAAGUUUCUAUCAUAUGCCGGAAAAUCUCAUUUGAAGUCCAAUGCUUCCGCUAACACAACGGCGGUGGCAAAUUCGUCUUCAAUUUCUCACGAAAGCAUUGAUGCUAGUGAUUCAGCGAACAAAAAGCGCAAAGUCGUUGAAAAUGUGAAGGAUAUCGUUGGACUAAAGCCAAACCGCGUUUUGGCAGAUGAAGCGGGACUUUUCAUCCAGUCCAUCAUAUCUCACCGAUUAAAGGGCUCAGAGAUGACUACCUUGGAAAUUCUGAACCAUGUACGCCUGGCAGAGAUCCGAGACUUUACUUUUCGCGACUUUGAAAUAAGUGAUGGUGACUCUGUGGGUAAAGGCAUUUUUGAUCUUCUCAUGGCACGGAAACGAUCAUUGUUGAAGCUGGAUCAAUUUAUCGAGUUCCUGCUGGAAAGUUUGGCGGUUCUUAUAAAGGAAAUAUCUGAAAACUCUAAGGAGUGCAAGACAGCCAUACCUUUCUUAGUCGCACUGAUGCAUCAUUCCGUUACAUUUCGCCCAAGUGCAGUGCGACCUACAGCACUUAAAGAUUUGUUUCAUUUCAUGAUUGAUCUGGUUCGCACGAACCGAGGAAUAUUGAAGAAAUCUCUCGCUAAAUCGCCUUUGCAUCUCGACGUGGGACCGAACAUCUUCCAGUAUGAACUUAUACGCAUUCUUAUUGUACUAUAUGCGUUUGACACGCUUGAGGAUAGCUUGAAGACACUUCAAUCGCUCCCACUGCAGUGCCAACUUGCUUGCAUCGACAAAUCAUUUUGUGAAGCAGUGAACGAGCUCUCGCGCCUCUCGCUCACGAUAUCAUAUCAGCCCGUCCUCAACGUCAUUUACAAUACCAUGGAAAUUUUCAACUGCAUUGCUAAUAUGUUAUUGGAGUCACCGGUGCUGGCCCAAACAGUUCCGUAUAGCUGGUGGGACAACGUAAAGAAUCGAUUUUACCAAGUCUUGACCAAGACAGCUAGUAACAAUGAAAUGCGUGAAACUGACAACGACUCAUUAUUUCUGCCCAAUGAAACAAACAUUUACGGUCUGGUCAGGAAUAUUGGUGAUAACUAUAAUGGUCGCUUUAUUUCACAACUUGUUUCGAAACAUGAACCGCGGGCAAUACCACAAGUCAUUUUGAAAGACUUCCCGCAAACCGAAUUGAUUACUCCGAAGUCAAUUGACGUUGAAUGGUGGUGUCUCAAGCUGAAAAUUGGGAUUGUGCAAUUAUUCGGCAAGCUGUCAACCAUAUACCGGACAGAUCCCAUAGAGAAGGUUAUGAUUAAAGUAUUGACACGCCAGAUGGCUCAGACUCAGGAGAUUUUGCUGACAGUUUUGCUGGGGCAAGACUCGGAAAACAUUCAUAUUUAUUACGAGUACUUCUCGGGCCUUUUACGAUUGAUCUUCCAGAUCUGGCAUGAGAGAGGUUGUGAUUUGGGUCUCAUUAACGAGGUUGAGAGUGAGCUCACGGUUUGUUUGUGGAGAGUAGUUUUUGGGACUGAUACGGAAGACGAGGCUUUGAUGAAUAAAAUGGAGAUGGCAGAGCACAAAACGUUGGUGGAUCAGUUUGACGCGAUGACGUUACAGGCGGAGUCGGAGUUGUUUGAAGAUGCUUUUGACGGUAUUGAUAUUAAUUUUGUGAAAGAAGAGCUGGAAUCUCUGAGUUUUAGUCGCUGUCAAGAGGUAAUGGGCGUUGGAGUCGACAUGGGGUUGAAGGAAAUGGCCAAGAAAAUGCUAGAGGGAAUCACAUCGAUGGAAGAUGCGGAUGUUUUAUAUUUGACUAUGCGCGGAAAUGAAGUGACAAUGGGAAAUUAG